GCGACGUGCCAUUUGAUAGAACAGUACUCGACCAGUGCGUUGCUUCGUGUGUCGUGAAACCGGUCUGUCUUGCAACUACAGAAACCAUUCUAACAACAAAAUGGCUUCGAGAGAUCCCGCGUCUGACCAACUUGUGAACUACAGUAAAGGCGUAAAGGAUUCACCUGGGUACAUAACGACCAAGUCCGGUGCCCCGGUCGGAGUCAAGACAGCCAUCCAGACGGUCGGCAAGAAUGGACCCGCCCUGCUGCAGGACGUUAACUUCCUCGAUGAAAUAUCGUCGUUCGACAGGGAGCGCAUCCCGGAGCGAGUUGUGCACGCUAAGGGCGCCGGUGCUUUCGGUUACUUCGAGGUGACCCACGAUAUCUCGAAAUACUCAGCCGCAAAGGUGUUCGAGUCCAUCGGCAAGAGGACCCCGAUCGCAGUCAGGUUCUCGACCGUGGGUGUUCCUAACCGGUUCAGAAGAUCUACUCACAGCCUUGAAAGAUUGAGCUGCGGAUCAACAACUGAAUUAAUGGCUCACGGCUCAAAGCGUUACUCAUAA